CUGGAAGCAUGAUCUUCACUCCCUUCCUUCCACCUCCUGACCUGAAUGUAAAAGGCCAGAUUAAAGACACUGAGGAAUUUGUUGUUUCGUCUGACACCAUGGAGAACCCAUCCAAUGGCACAGCCUUGCACAGGGAGCCUGCUGGUCCCCAAGGGUCUUGGAGAAGCUGGUUCCAGAGAGCCUUGGCAUGUUUCACCAAGUCCUUCAGGGGAGGAUACCAGACACUUGGAUACAGACCACGGGACCCACAGACACAGACCCAUGAACGACGAUCAAGCCCCCUCCGCUGCCACAUGCCCCUGCUUUCCCGUUUCUCGGUCGCUGGGCCUGAAAUAAAUGCUGGCACGCUUGACUGUUUUUGCUUCUGCUUUUCAACAAUGUAA